AUGCCAGUGGAUAUGCAGCCGCACCAGGGGCUGUAUCAGUAUGAAAACUCAGCCCACCAGCCCACCCGAGGUCUAGUCCCAUCUGAUCAGUACUCUGAAGUGUCGUCGAUGCGUGCUCCACACCCAAACGGCCCACCCCAAGACUGCCGCACUAUGUACAACCCCAUGACUCCCAGCAUGACGCACGGGUCGGCACCAGGACAAGGGUUUGGUCACUGCGUAGAUUCGUACAUGAGACCCCCCCAAGCCCCGCCUCCACACUCAAUGAUGGGACACAGGGGGAUGCCGCCACCAGAGGGUGUCCCCCCCUACUGUAACCAAAACAACAUGAUGUCCUCGCACCACAACUUCUGUCAGCUGCCACCGGGCUCCGACCCAAAUGCUGGAGAUGGGUCCAGAUACUCUACGCCUCGCUCGAUGCUGAAGCUGAGCAAGAAGAGAGCCCUGUCCAUUUCUCCUCUGUCGGACGCCAGUGUCGACCUGCAGACCGUGAUCCGAACUUCACCCAAUUCUCUCGUGGCCUUUGUCAAUGCACGCUGCAAUACCAACGGAUCCAGUUCCUACGGCCACCUGUCUGUCAGCGCCAUGAGUCCAUCUCUCAACUACAACAACAUGAACUGCCAGUCGCGUCAGCCGAGCUCGCUGUACGGAGGCGGGGGUUUGACUCCUCUGGGUGGGCACACACCUGGACCCUGCCAGGCCUCUCGGUUACCCCCCCACAACCCCCGGCUGCAUGCACCACCCAAACACGGACAUUUAAAGACUGAGCCCGGUCUGGGAGGUGGGAUGGACGGCAUCAAUGUGAAAAGCUUGGAGGAGCGGUCAGAAGGAGAUGUGGCCAGUCCUUCCUCCACUGGUACUCAGGACCCUCUUCUUGGCCUGCUGGAUGGUAGAGAUGAUUUGGACAAAGAGGACGGGAAGCCUGAACCAGAGGCCAUCUAUGAGACCAACUGUCACUGGGAAAGCUGCCAGAAAGAGUUUGACACGCAGGACCAGCUUGUCCAUCACAUCAACAAUGAGCACAUCCACGGGGAGAAGAAGGAGUUUGUGUGCCACUGGCAGGAGUGUUCGCGGGAGCAGAGGCCGUUCAAGGCGCAGUACAUGCUGGUGGUUCACAUGCGGCGACACACGGGGGAGAAGCCACACAAGUGCACUUUUGAGGGAUGCAACAAGGCAUACUCACGUCUGGAGAACCUGAAGACCCACCUGCGCUCUCACACCGGAGAAAAACCAUACGUGUGUGAACAUGAAGGCUGCAACAAGGCCUUUUCCAACGCAUCUGACCGGGCCAAGCAUCAGAAUAGGACCCACUCCAAUGAGAAACCUUACGUGUGCAAGAUCCCUGGCUGCACUAAACGCUACACAGACCCGAGCUCACUGCGAAAACACGUGAAAACAGUGCAUGGUCCAGAGGCUCACAUCACCAAGAAGCACAGAGGCGACACUGGGCCUCGGCUCCCUAACUCAGCUCUGACCCCUGGUGGCCAGAACACAGAACUGUUACUAGAGAAGGAAGAACCACGUAGAGAAGACUGCAAACUGUUGGCUCCUGAAUCUUUGCUCAAAUCCCAGCCUAGUCCUGGAGGCCAGUCAUCCUGCAGUAGCGAGCGUUCUCCACUGGGGAGCGGUAACAACAACGACAGUGGAGUGGAGAUGAACGUGAACGCAGCGGGCAGCCUGGAGGACCUCACGGCACUGGAGGAUGGAGUCACUGGAGCCCCAGAGUCAGGAGGAGUGGGCAUGUCCGCUCAGGCUCUGAAGAGGCUCGAGAACCUCAAGAUCGACAAACUGAAGCAAAUACGAACUCCUCCUUCUCGAUGCAACAAUAACAAGCUGCCAGCCAUUCCAGGUGCAAGUGAUAACAUGUGUGCCCCUUCUCCUCUCAUCUCAAACCGGCGGGUGAUGGAGUUGUCUAGUCACGAUGCGGCCGGAGGCUCCAUGGGCUGCUCUGCUGACAGGAGAGGGAGCGGCACCAGCAGCCUGAGCUCUGCCUACACUGUGAGCCGCAGAUCCUCCAUGGUGUCCCCGUUUCUGUCCAGCCGACGCUCCAGUGAAGUGUCCCACCUCACAGGUCCUGAGCCGAGCGCAGGAGGAGACCCACUUUCACCUGAGAUGAAUCGAAGAGGUCCUCCUUGUCCAUCAGGGGGACUACCUGGACUUGCAAACUUCACUCCAGCUCAGCAGUACAAUCUCAAAGCCAAAUAUGCUGCUGCAACAGGUGGACCUCCCCCCACUCCUCUUCCCAACAUGGAGCAGCCCAGGACACCACCAAGAAGAGGGGGCUUGUUAAGUGACUAUCAGGGACAGCCUUUGCCUGCUUUCCUUCAACAUGGUGGUCCACGAAGGCACAGUGCUAACACAGAGUAUGGGACUGGUAUAAUCUACCCACACCAGGCUCCAGGAAACAACACCAGGAGGGCCAGUGACCCGGUCCGGUCUGCAGCAGACCCACAGGCUCUGUCCAAGCGCUUCAAUAGCCUCACUAAUGUGUCCCUGAUGAGUCGAAGGAAUGCUCUUCAGCACCGUGGCAAUGACUCCAGCAUGGGCAGACACAUAUACUCCCCUCGCCCACCCAGCAUAACGGAAAACGUCAUGAUGGAGUCCAUGGGAAUGGAGCAUCAUAUUGGCCCAGAGAGGAAUUACAUAGGAUACCAGCAGCAGGGCCUUGGUGGGCCUGUGUCGAACCAACUGUCAACAGGUCAUGGCUGCACUGACCAGGGUUAUAAUCAGGGACAUUACGUGCAGGCAGGAGAUGUCUCCUCCAACACUCUUCUCCAACAGGCAGAGUAUGGGAUGAGCAACUGUCAGCUCAGCCCUUCAGGCCCUCAUUAUUCAGCUUUAGGACAGGGAGGUGACACUGGUGUGGGGCCUUGGAGCCAUGACCAGAGAGGCAUGCCUUAUGCAGAUCCCAACAUGCAGUCUCAGUCGCACUAUAACAAUAAUCAAUACAACGGACCAGACGGCACUCACAAACUCAACAUUAAGCCAGAACAGUUCCACCCUGGGAUGGGAGCCGGGGACGCAUGCCAGAGUGCCAAGCUCCAACAUCAACAGCGGAUGCAUUUGCAGCAGGGCCAGAACUACCCUGCAGGACAGAGCAUGAUGAGGAACAUCAACAACGUGGGCUGUGACUUCCCAAACCAAAGCUCUUUUCCAAGUGGAGGCAGCAUGAGCUUAGGUUGUGCCGGCAAUGCACUUUCUGAAGGGCAGAGGUCUGAGACACCUAUCAUGCAGGUCAAAGAGAUGAUGGUAAGGAACUAUGUGCAAUCUCAGCAAGCUCUUAUGUGGGAGCACCAGAAUGAACAGCCAGUCAAAGCCCCGCCUCUUUCUGACAACAUGGAUAUGAGUGGACAAAUGAUGCAGCACAGUCCACAGCACCCAAACCAGAACCUGUACCCUAAUCAGUCAUUUCCUACCUACCCCAACCAAAACAUGGUCCUGACUUCCCCAGUCCACAACAGAGCUGCAAUGACCCCCAAAGACCAGCAGAUGGCAGGUCUCCAAGGCACCUGUUACAAUCAAGACAUGGUUCCAAGACCUCCGCCUGGCAGGAAGCCUCUGAGCCGCCAGAACAGUCUAUCUCAAAUGGAAAACCUGGACUUGGACAAUGCUCGAAUUGACUUCACAUCCAUCAUUGAUGACACAGACUCUCCUUCAUUCAAUGCAGGAAACACUGCCCCAGGUCAGAUAGGGUCCCAGGCCUCAUCCCGCCUUACAACCCCUCAGACCUCGGUGACUCUGGCUCCAGGCUCGGGACUGUCCAACAUGGCAGUGGGUGACAUGACGUCCAUGCUCACCUCACUGGCUGGAGAGAACAAAUACCUGAACACUAUGUCUUGA